GCCCUCCGGCCCGGGCUUUCCACAGCCAAGAUGGCGGCCCCCUGUGUCUCCUGCUGCGCCUUACUUUCCUAUCGUCUCUUUUUCCGGGGCAAGGUUAACUUGGCUCCGAGACAAGUCCUCUGGAAAGCCGCGGCUGCAGAGUUGCCGACAGUUUCCGGAUCCCAGAUAUCAAGGCUAAGACAUACUACAGUUUUAACAACAAAGAAAAAUGUUGCGGCCUUAAGACGUGAAACCUACACAGUGGAUUUUAUUAAAAAGCAGAUUGAUGAGUUCAACAUAGGAAAAAGACAUUUAGCCAACAUGAUGGGAGAAGAUCCAGAAACUUUUACGCAGGAGGAUAUUGAUAGAGCUAUUGCUUAUCUUUUCCCCAGUGGUUUAUUUGAGAAGCGAGCCAGGCCAAUAAUGAAGCAUCCUGAACAGAUUUUUCCUAAACAAAAAGCAAUCCAGUGGGGAGAAGAUGGUCGUCCAUUUCAUUUUCUCUUUUAUACUGGCAAGCAGUCAUAUUAUUCAUUAAUGCAUGACGCAUACGGAAAGCUACUCAAUUUAGAAAAACAUAAAAAUGAGUUGCAAGCCAAAGGUCUAUUUUCAGAAGAAGCUAAAACCAAAGACCUGAUUGGCAGCAGAUGGCUGAUUAAGGAGGAACUAGAAGAAAUGUUAGUGGAAAAACUGUCAGAUCAAGAUUAUGAGCAGUUCAUUCGGCUGCUGGAAAGAUUAUUGACACUGCAGUGUGGUGCUGCUGAAGAAGAAUUUUUGCAGAGCUUUCGUAGGAGUGUAACUAUUCAAUCAAAGAAACAGCUGAUUGAGCCAGUGCGGUAUGACAAGCAGGGAAUGGCCUUCAGCACAAGUGAAGGUAAAAGAAAGAGUGCAAAAGCAGAGGCAGUUGUUUAUGAACAUGGAAGUGGAAGAAUAAAAGUUAAUGGAAUCGAUUACCUGCUUUACUUCCCUGUGACACAGGACAGAGAACAAUUGAUGUUCCCUUUCCACUUCCUUGACCGACUUGGAAAACACGACGUGACCUGCACAGUCUCAGGGGGUGGGAGGUCGGCGCAAGCUGGAGCCAUACGCUUGGCAGUGGCCAGAGCUUUGUGCAGUUUUGUCACCGAGGAAGAGGUCGAGUGGAUGAGACAAGCCGGACUACUUACUGCUGAUCCACGCAUCAGAGAACGGAAGAAACCAGGCCAAGAGGGAGCCCGCAGGAAGUUCACCUGGAAGAAGCGCUGAGUGUUUGCUCAAGAGAGGAGAGGCAUGCUGUGCGUGUGCCUGCAUGUGGUGAACACACAGCGUGAGGGCAACACUGUCAGACACUUGAGCUCUGAGAUUAUUUAUUUUUAAAUGCUACUUUGUAGAGGUUACUUUAUAAAAAUAAUUUUUUUAAAUGUUUAGCUUCAAUCUGCUGUUUUAUUUUUGAAACUUUCUCAGAAGAUAGUUUUAAAAGAAUAAUUCAUAGAAUGUUGGCAUCCUAGGCCUGAAGAGAACAUUGAGCAAAACCCAGUCAAGUAAUGUCAUUUUGUAGACAAGCCACAUUGCUAAUUUAAUGAUUGAGCUGGACUUGAACUCAUUUAUCUUGAUUCUGUUGUUUGCCCACAUGGUAAUUGUUUACAACACAGUUUUCACCAUUGAGAAAUGAGAGUGCUUGCUCAGAAGGAUGAACUAAGUUGAGUGCCUUUGUCAGGAGCUCAGCAAAGCUGGAGAGGGCUGAACUGCCAGAGAGCUGAUUAUGAUAACAAGCCAGCCUUGCUUCCCUCAGCCCCUGGCAGCUACCACUCUCCUGUUUCUAUUUUUCUGCAUAUAAUUGAUGCCUUGCAGUAUAUGUCUUCUGUCUUGCUUACUUUAUGUAACAUAAUACCCUUCAAGUUGGGUACACAGUUUCAGUUAUAAGGUAAAUUAGAUUGGAGGAUCUAAUACAGAGUGGUUACUGGUUGGUAAUACUAUAUUGUAUCAUUAAAAUUUGUUAAAAGGAUAAGUCUUUAAGCAUUUUCAACCAAAAUAAAUAAAUAACUAUAUGAAA